AUGGAAGCGAAAUCAAAUGGGAUGGGCGACCUCCUCGUCUUGCACGACGAGAUGUUUCACAGCGAGUCGCGGGAGGCUGAGGCCAGCGACGGCUGGGCGCUGCGGCGCGAGGCCGAGGAGGACCUCACCACGCGAUUGCGGAGGCGACUCGAUGAGCAGCGCCCGCCGGAGCCGCACUUGGACCGACCAGAGGUCCAGAGCCAGCCGAGCCAGCCGAGCCAGCCCAGCCAGCCGAACCAGUUGCUCGGCCAGCCCGGUCCAUCGCAGGAGCGCAGGCUUUUGCGCAGGCCGGAAGAACCUCCGGGUCCUUUGCCCACUGCAGCGCAGGAACUUCGGCUCCUGGCGCGAGCCGAAGAUGGGGCUGACUUGGGCACGGGCGGUAAUGAAGAGCUAGAGUUGCCCCCAGCGGCAGACUCCGCUGAGCCUGCACCAGGAAGCCGAUGGCGCAACGCGGCUGCUGCGGCAAAGCGGGCUCAUUUAGAGCAACACGGGGAAGUGGAUAUGGACAUGAAGGCCGCUCUGGACGCGUUGGAGGUGUCUUCCAGCUUUUCUCACAAGAAGGUCAUGUCCAGUGAACUGGGCCUGAAGUCCAUUCUGAAGAGAACGGACAUGGGUAUCGUCGACAAGCCUUCGAAGAUGAACUUCCGCUCUGUUGCCCUGAUGGCUGGCCUGGCGAAGAACCGCCGCCGCUCCGGAAGCUCCCAGGAUUUGCCGGAGCCGGCCAAGCAGGUGAGGAUCAUCGACAAUCAGGAGGAGGUGAGGGACAGAAGGCGAUCACAAAAGGAGGCUGAGUGGAAAGAGCGGCAACAGCAGCUCCAGUCCCAGCGGAGGAUCAAGAUGAUCACGUCUAUACUUCUCACCCCUUUGGGCUUUUUCCAGUAUAUUAGCAGGUGCUACUUAGCAUCCCCAAAAGCUCGCCAGCUGUGGUUGGUUACUACGUUGACGGUGUGCCUCUUUGAGCUGUGGACUGCGGCGCUCUUUAUUGCCUUUGUGCUUGACGCGAGCAAAGCGGCGUUUCUGCUGGUACUCUUGAACUUGGAUCACUAUGCCAACCUGCUUUUCAUCAUUGAUGCUAUUUUGCUGGCGCUCGACAAAUUCAGCGGAGACAUUCCUGACAUGGGGCCGGAGAUCCGAACUGGAAGCAGUCAGGCACAGCAGCUACAACGCAUCAGGAAUAUGCUGAUUCGCUUGCCUGGUUUCAGCUCGUGCUCAUCCGACCUCAUCACACAACUCGUCGAAGCUGGAAGUGCGAGAACGCUGCAGAAAGGACAAGGACAAGCACUCUUCGAAGAGGGCAGUCCCAACAACAGCUUCUACCUGCUAAUGGAGGGCGAGCUUCACAUUAGAGAAGGUGACAAGGGGUACAAGUAUUUGGGUGAAGGAACCUGCUUCGGGGAGUACAGAGCGUUUGGCAUCGAGGAUGACCCAGCAAACAUCAGAGUCGAGGUCGUCACCGGCACCGCGGAGGUUUUUGAGCUGUCAGCGGGCGUACUGGGCAAGUGUUUAGAAGCAUCGCCAGCAGACCGGAAUCAGUUCGUGGAAGUGCUAAAGGUCAACUAUGCCGAGAAGCAAUUAGAAGCAAUCGGUUCCGAAAUGCCGCAGAGCCAAAGACGCAUCAAGGCUUUCUUCAAACUGCUCCUGCCGGUGGUACGAGCUUCCAGGGAGAUUUUUGUGCAGACGGGCUUCGCCGUUCUUCUGUGGAUUUGGGGAACUGUUGUGCAGAACUUGAUGGAAGCCAGGCUGGUGGAUCCAGAACAUGCGGUGGAGACUGGAGACACGGCAAUGGAGCAAAUCAGCAUGAUCAUAUUUUUGCUGCUGAAGCUCUUGCGCCAACAGCUGCCACUUCGAUAUUUGCGACGCUUUUUCAUAGAGCGGGAGACGCAGCUUUAUGUGAACAUCCGCUUGAAGGGCACGGCAGCAUCAACAUGGGUGACAGUGAAGCUUGCAGUGAUCAUGCUGGGCUGGGGGCACUGGAUUGGCUGCUUGAGCUUUGCUCUGGGCCUGCUGCGAUCUGGGGCAUCUGGCCUGGAGAGGAGCAUGUUUGACCAGUUCGGGGACAGAAGCCGCCUAUCGCAGUUCCAAGAACAUCACUGGUGGGGCGACUACAUGACAGCUUACUAUCGGGCUUUCAACUUGAACCUGGAGGGUGCAAUUCCGGAAAGACUGGAAGAGCUGUGUUGGGCGCUGGUGAUUUGUAUCGGCUUGCUAGUGAUGAAGUCCUAUGUGAUUGGCUCGUUCUUCAAGUUGCAGCAGGCACAGAAGGAGUUGGCAUUAGAGGUGAGCAACCUUAUGGACAAAGCAGACCUCGUGUGCACAGCAUUGGAUUUGCCACCAAGCAUCCGGAAAUCAAUCCGGCAGCACUGCCUUUUUCAGUGGUCAAAAGCCAGGGACGUUGGCAACCGUGAGGUGGUCUUGAGAACAUUCCAGCCAGACCUUCAAAAGAAGGUCAAGGAGCUGGUCUAUCUUCCAGUCCUGCUGGCCAACGAGAAGCUCUUCUCAGGGGUUAGUAGCGAGUUCACACAGCAGCUCACGGACCAGCUGGAGGUUGUCAUGCUUUUGCCCUCAGAGGUGCUGUUUGUUGAGAAUGACGCGCCGCAAGAUCUGAGCUUUUUGCAGAGCGGAACUUUCAUGUUGACGCGCCAAGAGCAGCUGAUCCGCUAUGUGCGCAGUGACCGGCCAAACGAAACGACCGUUGUGGGAGAAGUUGCGUUUCUGCUCGACAUCCCACAUUUGUACUCUGUGAGAUCGCGAGCCGGCGUAGAGUCCACAUUGCUGCGAGUCUCACGCACCGUGUUUGAGAAGCUCGUGCAUCAUUUGGAUUCAGAUUUGGACCAUCUCAUGCAGAACUCAGCAAGCUCAAUGGACUUGACGCUGAGUGGGCACGAUGCAAAACGGGAAUUCGCACAGGCUGAGCCACGUGAUGACACAGAGCUGUUCAUGCAAAUGCGUGAGUCUGUGAGGCAGAAGCUGCUGAAGCGUACGGCCCACAUGUCUGCCACAUUCAUCAACGCAGCUGCAGAGGGCAACGCGGAUUUGGUGCAGGUUUUGCUGCGCAAGCGGGUCAUGGUGAACACCGCGAACUGUGACGGUCGCACCGCCUUGCACCUGGCGGCAGCAGAGGGCCGGGAGGCGGUGGUGAAGGCGCUGAUUGAGGCGGAGGGCAACGUGAAUCACCAGGAUCGGUGGAAGGGCUCGCCCUUGAAGGACGCGGUGAUCGGCAAGUUCGGCGCUGUCACGGAGCUGUUGGUGGAGCAGCAGGCGGAUCUCAACCUGGACGACCCUGCCACGGCGCUGUGCGAUGCCGCGUCCAGCGGCAACCUCAUGGCUCUCAAGGAGCUCAUCGAGGUGAAGAUCAAUCCCAACUCCGGGGACUACGACCUGCGGACGCCUUUGCACCUGGCGGCCUCGGAAGGAAAGCUGGAGGUGAUUUCCUUUUUGCUGGACAGCAAGGCCAACCCCAAUUUCAAGGACCGCUGGGGUGGCAUGGCUUUGGAGGAUGCCAUCCAGAACAACCACACCGUGGCGGCCCAACUCAUCUUCUCCAAGAAGGGCUCCCUACGCCAGGAGCUGGCGGCGGGCUGGCUUUGUGACGCUGCCUCUGCUGGGAAUAUUUUGAAGCUGCAGCAGCUGACGGAGAACUCGGUGGACGUGAACCUGGCGGACUACGACGCGCGGACGGCUCUGCACCUCGCCGCCACCGAGGGGCAGCUGCUGGCCGUGAGCUUCUUGUUGGGCACAGCGCGGGCCAACAGCUCACCUCAGGACCGUUGGCUCUCCACUCCUUUGCAAGAUGCCAUCCGGGCAGGCCAUACUGACUGCGCGCGCUUGCUGGCCUUUGCUGGGGCAGCCCUUGGUGACAGCGCCAAUGACGAAGAUCGCACGGCCUUACAGGACAUCUAUUCCGAGGACUUGCCAUCCGCAGCCUGGGCUCACAUCCAAGUCUUUCAGAGGAGGAUGACUGACCUGCAGCAGAGGGUGGCGAGACUUCUGACAGCAGUUCUCAAAGGUCGAGCGCGACCAGAAGUUUUCGAUGCAGAAGCUUCCUCAAAGUUUAACCGGCAGCUGAUUGGUGCAGUGCUCAAGCAGUGCCCGCAGCUGGCAGAUCGGAUGGUUGGCAUUCAAAAUCUCCUGGGCAAGCUGCACAGCUCUGCGGUGGCCCCCAUGCAGUCCUUCCUGGGGCUGCUGCAGGACUCCAUCGAGAGCACGCAGCAGAGCAAGUGGUGGGCGUGGCACGACAAGCAGGCCAAAGAGGCGCGGAAGCCCGCGAAGGAAAGGAAGCGGAGCGGCGGCAAGGAGGCCAAGCUGGAAAAGUCCACGGGCACGGUGACCAAAAUGAUGGUCCAAACCAUGGGCAUCUGCUCCAUAUUGGCACAAGCGGUCAACCGAGCUUCUGCUCAAAUCCUGGCGAAGGUGAGCAAGGAAAUGAGCAGCCGCCUUUUGCAGACGAAAGUCUACAUUAUCGAUGAGGAGUACCUGUCAUCCCUGAAAUCUGCCCACUCCGGUGACGGAUCUGCACCUAGCCAGCGCAGCUCAAGACGACGCGGGGGCGCUGCCCGAAGCGUAACAGGCUCCAUCAAUGGCGGUCGAGCGGCCUCAGUCAGAAGUGGCAGGACGCAGCAAUCAGGCAUGGAGGAGACAGACGAUCCACGAGAGGCGCGAGGCACCCUCAGCGUGAUCUGCAUAGAGGCCAUAUUUGCAGCCUUGCAGUGGGAACUGGACUGGACAGCCCCCUCUUCCGCCAACUAUGGCAUCAAUGCGGGCCCCAUGAAGAAGAAGUUGGAGGAGAUUGCAAGUCUUCUGGCAGGUUCCGCUUCAGGAGCCAUCCCCGAGGCCACAGACUCUGUGCUGCACACUUUGUGUAGCGACAAAGUGGCCUCAGCUCGUGCGCAAUGCGUUCAGCGUGCCUCUGAGCAGGUGCAAGGUGCCAAACGCCACCAGGUCUGCCAUCUGAAUGCACCCAUGGCCAAUGAGCUGGCGAUUCUUGGGCUGCUAGCCUUGGUGCAAGUUGCGCCAAUGAAUAUGGAUUGCCAUCCCAGCAAUGACAAAAUUCUCCAGAGGACGGAUAUCUGCGUCUUGCGGGCUAGCAUGGAAAUGGCAACAAACGACGUGAAGGGUGAUAUCUCCAAAGCCCGCAGGGAGAUGACCAAGCAAGGUCGGGCACCGAGAAAGCCGGGCAAAAAAUGGCUGAACAUAGGUGGGCGGUUCGGCUCACAGAACACACAGCCAGUGACGGUGGGGCGAAUUCUCAGCACCCAGCGGGACUUGCCAUCCAGCGAUAUUUGCGCGCUGCUGGAUUUUCAGGAUCCUGAUGUGCACAUCACCCAGGGCCGAGGCGAGAGCGAUGACGAUGCUGAAGCAGGAGGCAAGAAGAAACACAAGCGCAAAGAAGACAUCCACAUUCUGCCCCACAAGGCCACCCUUGGCAGCAUGAGCUCCCUUCGGUUCCAACUGAAUUUGCUUCGCUACGUUUUGGACUUUCCGAGCCUGCAAGAAGAGGCAAUCGAGGAGGAAGAGGCAAAGUCUGGGCAGCAGUCGCAGCUGGAUCAUGAGCCGGAAGCACCAGAAGCGUCAGAAGAAGUAAUAGAAACUUUGAGCUCUGGAGAGGUGGUCGUGCUCGACAAGGGCUACUUUGACUGUUUGGAAUCGCUGGAGGACGAAAGCGAGGACAGUGGCGACAGCCAAGCGAGCAACAGCCACAACGAGGAACGUAGCGAGGACAAAAAUAGUCACGAGGACAAGACGACGUUGGCUACCAAGCACUUGCGCCAGGGACUGGCCUCAGGAGCAGCGCGCCGCAUACGCAUGUCCAAGAUGCUUGGGACCUUUGCCUCCUUCUUUGCCAUGCUCCGCGGCAGCGAUGAGGCGCAGAGAGCCCGUACCAGGGCACGGGUUGCCCGCAGAUUCCGAGAGCUGGAUGAGGACGGAGAGGGCAUUCCUCUAGCGGAUGUAGCCACGCUCUUGACAGAUGUCCUGGGCCGACAGCUGGACCGAGAUGCGAUGCUCCGCCUAGCCGCAAAUGUCUUUGACAACGUGGAAAAGAGUGAGCAGGAGCUCCUGCAAAUUCAGGACGUGCUUGUCUCCCUCGACUCCGUAACCAUUGACUUCAAUGCACUUGUGAAGCGGAGGCAGCAGCAUAGCUCUGGACAGGGUAGCGCUGAAGAGGACACGUCUUGGGCGUGGGUGCAGCGGGUGGCUGGCAUGGUCAUUCCACCUGACUCAAGGUCACUCUGGCUCUGGGACCACCUCAGGGUGCUGGUAGUCACGUAUUACAUGCUGGAGACCCCGGUGCGCUUUGCCAUUUUUAACUUUGACAGGCUUAACCGCUCAUCAGCGUUGAUUCUGCUUGUUGUGAAUAUGUGCUUGGACAUGUUCAUGGCAGCCAACAUGCUGCUGACUUUCAUCCGCGGCUAUGCGCAGAACUCUGGUGUGGUCAUUAUGGACUUUCAUCGGAUUCGGGUCCGCUAUUUGCUUGGCUUCUUCAGCUGGGAUGCGGUGGCAUCCUUUCCGAUUGACUGGCUGAUCUCGGGCUUGCAGCCAACGCGCGCAUAUGCUACAUUCCGUUUGCUGAAGCUUUUGCACUUGCGCCACUACUGGGCGGAUGGGCACCACAAAGCCUCUGAAAACAGCGGAGGAGGAUUUCUGGUCACCACGGUCCGCAUCAUGCUGCAGGUUUUUGUCCUCCUACACUUUGGGGCAUGUGGGUUUUGGUACAUUGCGAAUGGCUGGCCAAGUGAGGCCGAGUUUCAGGAGCAGCGGGCCCCGGAGUUUGCAGGCAGUGGGUGGUUCCGCUCGUACGACGGCAUGUCGUUCCCAGAAGGUAGGUUCAACCAGCCUGACGUACCUGUUCUGGAUCAAUACUUGGUGUCGCUCUGGGCAAUGGCUGUGAUCCUGACUAGCGACAGCCAUGAGCAACUGAACCCUUCUAGCUGGGGGGAGCUUGGCUGGAUCCUAGGCAGCUUCAUUGUGUCCGUCGCUUUGCUGGGUCACAUUGAUGGCGCCCUUGUCGGAAAGGUCAUCUCUCAAGAUCAAAGCACCGUCGAAGAUCGCGUGAUGAAGAGCCGGGUUGACACCUUCAUGCAGAACUCGGGGCUGCCGCCCGAGUUGGCAGAGCAAAUUCGGUUGGCUGACACCUCGGGCUCAGCAGUUUCCUCCAAGACUGAGAAGACAGUCGACAUCCGGAAAAUGGAGAGCGUGCUGCAGGGCUUAUCCCGUGGCUUGCUUACACGGAUUGGCCGAAGGGUGUUUUUGAGGUGGCUGCAAAGUGUACAGCUCUUCGGAGGUUGCUCAGAGCCUUUCCUGCUACAAUUGGCCGCCACCUGCCGGCAAGUCACGUUGUCCGCGGGCUCGUUUGUCAGCAGAGUUGGAGAGCCUUCCAGCUUUCUGGCUAUCUUGCGGUAUGGAUCUGUGCAGAUCCGUGACUCCAACAGCCAAGAAGUGGACAGAGUAGAAGAGAAGGGUAUAGCCUUUUGUGAUGUGUCAUGCCUGUUCGGUUUGAGGCACAAGACUGCCGCGAUCUGUGAGGAGGAAACACAGCUGAUUAAGUUGCAGGCAGAUGACCUCCAUUUUGCACUCCAGCUAUACCCAAAGGACAAGGAGCUAAUCAACAACAAUGUGCUGGAGAUCAUGCCUGACACUUCCAGUUUGGGGCAGGAGGCGGAAGGCGCAGCCAUUCCUUUGCACAUGAUCGGCCAGUCGGGAUCUGAUAGGCGCAAGCGCAGGACCUUGCCUGGAACCCCGGCGCGAGACUUGAUGGCUGACCUGUGGGUCCAUGACCUGAAUCUUGACGGGGUUGCUCGAGUCAGGGAGAUGAUCAACAAGUCCGCAGAAGCAAAAGCGCAGCAGCGCAUCAAUGACUUCAUCGAUUUCGCCGCCAAGGGGAAGUGGGACAACAUGGAGAUUAUGCUCAAGGACCGCAAGGUCGCGGUGAAUGCUGGGAACUGGGACGCGAGGACCGCAUUGCACGUUGCCGUGAGUGAAGGCCACUUGUCCGUGGCGGAAAGGCUCGUGACAGAUUGGUCUGCCAAUCUCAUGGCCGAAGACAGAUUCGGCAACACUCCUUUGGAUGAUGCUGUCCGAGAGAGACGCGCAGAAGUGGCGGAGUUUCUCGUUGAGGCCAGCGCUGAAUUCAAGGGUGGUGUGGCGGCCGCAGUGCAACUCUGCGAGGCGGCGGCGCAAGGGGACACCCCACAACUGGAGCUGUUGGUGGAGGUAAUCGGUGUGGACCCCAACCUGGGAGAUUAUGAUAACCGCACUGCCCUGCACCUCGCAGCCUCCAAUGGGCAUUUGGAAUCCAUCACCCGCAUGCUGGAGUUCGGCUAUUUGGAAGACUUGAGCCCGCUCGACCGCUUUGGCCAGACACCGCUGGAUGAUGCUAUUCGCCAUGAACAUGUGGCUGUACAGAAGCUGCUUCGAAGUGAGGGUGCCCAGAUGGGCAACGUCGAGUUCGGGGUUGCGCUGUGCGAGGCGGCGGCUGAGAACGACCAUGAGAAGAUUCGGCAAAUGAUUGAAGCAGGCGUGAAGGCAGGGAUGGCGGAUUAUGACUACAGGACAGCCUUGCACUUGGCGUCUUCUAAUGGCAACCUGGAGACUGUGGUCUUCCUUUUGCGCGAAGGCCAUGUCGAUCCCAAUCCCUUAGACCGCUUCUUGAACACGCCGUUGGACGAUGCCGUGCGACACCGACAUCAAGAUGUGGUGGAGCUCCUCAUGAAGUACAGGGGCCGACCCUCCAGCGAUGAUGAGUACUUGAGUGCUGGGAGACAAGACUUCCUGAAGAAGAUGGAAGAAGAAAAAGCGCGCAAGGACACCGACAAAUUGGACAAGGAGUUGAAGACGCAUCGCUUCUCAGAUGUCUUGGAACGUUUGGGUCGCUUGGCAUCGGAGUUGGAGGAUGACGCCUACCACUUCGCAACCGCGGCCACAAACGUGAGAUAUUCGCUGACCCGGAUCCUUCAUGUGUCCAUGCUCAUGUGCGAUGACAUGAGCCAAAGCAAGGAGUACGACAAGCUGACAGAUGUCAUGAAUGAAGGUGCUCUCACGACGCAGAAGCUUGUCACGCUGAUGGAGCGGGACCUGAAACAGCUUGAUAGCAGUGCGUCCCGGAUAUUGAAACUCAUCUCAGGUGAAGUCAUGCCAUGGCUGAACGCAGCUACGAACAACUCCCACACCCGUGGGCUAGUCAAUCUUCUGAUGCCAAGCUUUGCAAAGGACUUGUCAAAGCUGGUUGCAGUGCUGAACCACGUGAAGGCGUUGCUUCCUCGCGUCAUCGGCCAGCUAGUCUCUCCUGCAGGCCUUGGAUAUGAUUGUCGAGUCUUUGGACUGAUUUGUCAAAGGUUCUCGAGCAGACGAUGGGCCGACAUGCAGGAGAUUCUGGAGCAUUCACUGCAGCUGCUUUGCAAAACCUCAUCAGGCAAAGCCCAGCCCCCCUGGCCGAACCCGCCCAGAUCCAGAGAAGCAGCUCAGCUGUUCAAGGAGUCACGAGUGGCAAGAUCUCUGAUCCAUGGAAUUGAGCGACCUCGCUUCAAGCCGCCUCAAGAAUUGCUGAAGCAGAUGGCCGCGCAAGAGAAUGAUUCUCUAUGA